AACUCGUCCACAACUCAUUCAYUCUGUAGGACUUUGGCAUUCUCUCUCCAGGAUUUUUAAAUACCCUUCUAACGUUAAUACGUUCUCWGCAUCUGGAACUUCAAAAAUGCUCUUUURAUUGAGGAUUUUCGUCAUCGUCGUUGUCUUGGUGGAGUUCAGCUGCAUUCAAGGAGACUCGAAUUUCAAAUCCAAAGAAAAYUUUGGAAAASAACUGUCKGACWUUURCCUUGGUCAUGCCAGUAGCAAKACCGCACGWGGUAAACGUCAAGUGAUCGAGUACCAGACCCCUGCGCCAUACCAAUACAACGUUAUCUACGUCAUCGAUUCAUCAURUUCCCUCAGCAACGUAGACUUUAAAAUUGCUCUCAAAGCAAUCGAACUUUUAACSCAYAAAGCGCGUCAAGACACUAAGUACGCCGCCAUUUUGUUUGCGUCUUACGUUCAAGUGAUUUCUACGUUCACAAGURCMCAAGGCAUUUUGYAAAAGCUAAAAUCGACGCACAGGCUCAGAGGAGGAACAAAUAUCUAUGAUGCUUUGAACACCUGCAAGAACCUGUUUAACAAUCCAGGUUCUGGAUUAAACCCCAAAGCAUUAAACCGAAUUGUAAUCAUCACCGAUGGAUUGUACAACAUCAAGGAAUCGAAAACCCUUAGCCUUGCUAUGGAACUCAAAUUAAACAACACUGAGAUCUUUGUGGUAGCGYUCGGCCGUUACAUGUAUGGUUUGACUGAAAUCUCGUUCCUCGCCAGCUCACAAGAUUCUCACAUCUUUAGAGUGAAGACAAUGAAGGGUUUGUUUGAUGUUGCUAAGUGGGUACCUUAUGAUAACGAUGACAACAAUAACUAUGGCAACGAUGACAGUACUGGCCUUUGAAAACAGGAGUUGUCAAUUUCUCGAUCAUAUGACAUGCACUAAGCUAUUUUUACUAAAUUGUUAUAGCGGCGUUACAUUGCCGUGCAGGUCGUCACCGAGAGAAAAGGGUGUGACGAAAGACGAUCUCMGUUUGAUGAUGUGAUGCAAUGCAGAUCUUGCUAUAGACUGCUUUUUAUAGUAUUUGUAGUUUUAUAGACAGAAUGCUGCUGAAAUUAAAGAUGACGAUGUUAUCAAUUUAAACGCUCCUAGCUACCCUGUCUCUUAACUAGAAGCCCCUAAUUUUUACAUAGAAAGUAUUUAUGAAGGUAUAGGUCACUGCAAACGUUAGGUUUCUUGGAAAUCGUAACAGUAACGAGCCACAGCAUGCUUGAUCACGGGAUAUUGAAGUGACAUUUUUSUAGGGGUAUAAAUUAGACACAAACGAAGACGAUUUCUUAAAGACUCAGUAUCGGGACUGAAUCAGAACGACUUACAAGGUAAGGCAAUACACUAAGUUUACUAUUAUUGCAGCGAUUUAAUUUAAAAAGUUAUAAAUUUGCGCAAUUUCAAUUAUGAGGACGGAUGCGAGGAAUCAGUCCAAAUGGUUUCUUUAGGACUGUACCUUUCCAAUGAGGAAAAAAAAGACGAACGCGUUUCCUAGUUUCUGGGAGAAGAUAAUUCAUUUUAGGAAGAUAGUUCAUUUUAGGAAGAUAGUUCAUUUUAGGAAUGGUACAGGAGCGAUAUUUGGCGGGCGAUUUUGGCAGUCUUAAGCAAUUCAAACUUCUAAUUUUUUACGCAGUUUUUCAGUACAUAAAUACCUCCGUUUUACGUAACCAUCCAUGCCGAAGGGAACCUUGAUCGUCGCUGCAUGCAGUGCUUCUGGCCAUUGCAUUGUGCGGCGCAAGUAACGGAGACAAGAAUGUGGAGUUGUUAGUGAAGAAAGCGGGUGGCUGUUGCGGCCCAAUGUUUGAAGAUUGCGGACCAUGUACACCUCGCAUACAGAUGCCAGGAUUUAGAGCUGGACACAGUUGRUGUUUGCCAGAGAUAAAACAGGAAGGAAAAGCAUCUCCAAGAGGUCCACAAUACUGGUGUUGUAAGUGUGGAAGUCCACCGUUACAGCCUUUAUACGGUCAACCAUGCUGUGCAGGACAUUGCUAAACUUUUUCACGAUGUGGAACGUUGAUUAAUUAUUCCUUCAAUUUUAGUAAAAAGGGUGCUAUAUUAUCAAAGGGACUGAAAAUGAUGCAACUAUUGAUUUUGUAGUUCUUCAAUUCAGCAUUUUUUGUUUAGAAAUAUAAGUGUAGAUUGUAGAUGCUGACUUCCUUUACUGCUUUUACUAGGCCUUGUUAAAGUAGAUAGGCCUAUUAUAACUUACAAAAGUCUAAUUAAAAAUUCUACAAUCAACU